AUGGCCGGCAUAGCAGAUCAUUGGAAGGCUUUUAGUGGCUUCAACAACUGGAAUGGCCUUUUGAACCACCCCAUCAACACUGAUUUCCGACGCUAUCUUAUUCACUACGGUGAAAGGAUAGGAGGUAUCGGUGAUGGCUUCAAUAAUGUCAAGGCAUCAAAUUCAUUUGCACUUUCUCGUUAUCCACCGGAAGAGUUCUUCACUCAUGUAGGUCUGCAAAAUGGCAAUCCGUUCAAAUAUCAAGUGACCAAGUACUUUUACUUGAAAUUGGAUGAUUUUGCCGCCUAUAUGGAGUUUGAUAUCAAGGAGUCUGCUUGGAUAGGAUAUGUAGCUGUAAGCACAGAUGAAGGGAAUAUGAUCUUAGGGAGAAGAGAUAUUCUGGUUUGCUGGAGAGGAACAAUCUUGGGGUCUGAAUGGGCAAAAAAUCUUCAAGUUGAUCUGAUAUCAGCUGCUGAUAUUUUUGAAGAUGCCAAGAAUCCCAAGAUGCACCAUGGUUUUCACAACGUUUACUUGGCCAAAAGCUCAAACUCCAAGUACAAUAAGACUAGUGCCAGAGAACAGGUUCUUGCCGAGGUCAGGAGGCUUGUGGACAAGUAUGCUCACAGUGGUGAGGAGGUGAGCAUAACCGUGGCUGGCCACAGCUUAGGUGCAGCCCUUGCGACAUUGAAUGCCAUGGACAUAGUUUUCCAUGGUUAUAACAAGCCUGCUGGAUCAUGUACAGGAUUUCGUGUCACAGUCUUCGCGUAUGCAAGUCCCCGCCUUGGAGCCAAAGGCUUCCGAGAUGUAUUCAAUGGCCUUGAUAAUCUUCAUAUCCUGCGCAUAAGAAAUGCGAAAGAUAUCAUUCCUAGUCUUCCACCGGCUUUCUACAAUACCUACAUAGACAUAGGUGAAGAGUUGGAAAUUGACAGCAGCAAAUCACCGUACUUCAAGGAUCCAAAUGCCGAACCACAUAAUUUGGACAUUUAUCUACAUGCAAUUGCAGGUUACCAAGGGAAAUUUAGAGAAUUCAGGUUGGUUAUCGAUCGCGACAUUGCACUGGUUAACAAAUCUGCAGAUGUAUUACUGGAAAAUUAUAACAUCCCGCCUAAUUGGUGGACCGUGAUGAACAAGGGAAUGAUCCAAAUGGACAAUGGAUGCUGGAAGUUGAAGGACUAUGUGCCGGAUCCUCCAAGUGAAGAUGAUAUUGAAGGGAAUAUUAGCACUACAUUCCUCAAAGACAAUACGUCACUAGCAUGA